AUGUCAGGAACAUUACCAACAUGGAUGGUUGAAAGACUAUGGAAAACAUAUCCAACAUUAUUCAAUUCAGUUCUUAGCAUCGAGGGAGAUAAUAAUGAAUCAAUAAAUAAAGAAAUAUUUCUCCCUGAAAUGCCUACAGUUGAAUACUAUCCUUUCAUAAAGGAAAUGAUAAUUUCUCUUUUAGACGAAAGAACAAAUGGAUAUAAGCAUCUUUCUGAACAUUUUGAUGAAAAUCAUCCAAAACGAGCAAUUAUUUUUAUGGAUACAGUAGCCCAUGCAGAAGAAUUAUACAUUUAUUUAUCAUAUUAUAUAAAUCAAAAAGCAUUCACAGAUAAAUUUGUCCAUCCAAAAAUUCGAUUUGCAACUCCAAAAAAGACACUAUUUAAAAAUUUACAUAACUUAAAGCUUCAAAUUAAAGCAAAAAAUGGAGAAGAUUUAUCAAAAAUGGUUGAAAAAAUGGAAAAAUUGGGAAUAUAUAUUCAUCAUGCUCAACUAAAGGGAGAAAUAUCAAAUCCCAAUGGAUGGAAAGAUGUGAUAGAAUAUCAGAUAUCAUCAUGUAAUCCAAACGCGGAUUUUGUUGCCAUAAUUUGCACAAGUACACUAAGUGUUGGUAUAAAUCUUGCACCAUCACAAAUUGCAUUUCUAGCUCCUAAUAGUUUAUGGACAAUUGAACAAGCUAAGCAAAUGGUUGGUAGAGUUGGCAGAGAUCCAAAAGAUAAAUCCAUAUCAUUAGCAAUGAUAGUAGACUCACCACUUUAUAGUGCUCCAUGUAUGACUUCAUUGACUGUUCCAAAUUCUUGGUUUAUUCCACGACUAAUUUCGGCUAUUGAUUUCAAUAUUGGGAUCGAUGUAAGAGGAUUUUUUGUGCCAAGAACAGCUGCUCCUAUUGAGUUUUCUGAUAUACCAGGAAAUGGAUUAAUUGAUUUGGCACAAGAAAUCGGAUUAGUUGAUGGAUUAAAAUUAAAUAACUUGGCUCGUGCAGCAUUAUGCUUAUGCAAAUAUGAUUCAAAAUCACUUCCGAGUACUUAUUCAUUUCUAUCAUAUUUUCAGCAGACAUCAGCUUUUCAAAAUGAAGAAAAUGAAGAUAAAUGGAUAGUUGUUCUUCUAUGGGCAAUGCUAAUAUCUAAAUUUCCAAACAAAUGGGAAAAACUUGAUUGCAAUGAAUUAAUACCUUGCGUUUUUUCAAGUAAUGAUUUAAAAUAUUCCAAAAUUAUUGUUAAACAAUAUGGAGAAACCCAUUCAAAAUAUCCUGGAGAUUUAACAAUACCUUCAGAUUCAAAUUUUAAAAAGGUUAUUUCAUACUUUAAUACAAUAAUUUUGAGCAUUGGAUUAUCGGCCUCAAUUUAUACAACAGUGGCAAGUGAAAAUGAAAAAAGUGAUUCUAUUAUUGAUUUAAUGAUGAUUAUUAUGACCUUAAGUGAUUUUAUAAACGGAAUUCUUGAGGACAUUAAUGCAUUAUUUCAUGCAUGUAAUAUCACAGGCACAAAUAUUCAUCUUGUUGUAAAAUCAAUUGAAUCUGCAUCAAAUUUCUUAACAAAAUGUCGCAAUUUUGGAAUGAUGGAAGGAAUAGAAUUUCCCAUACUUAAUAUGAAUUUAGAUGAAGAUAUAAUGGAAAAAAUCAAAAAAUUUUCUUCAAAUUAUGAUCCCUAUCAUCAAUACAGGGAUUUUUCUUUAGUUUUACAAUAA